CAAUGAGCAGAGAUGCUUCAAACUCAUGCCAUCGGUAGCUGUCAAGAGGGGCGAGAUUGAUCCUCCACCAUAGUAAAAGGCUCUUCUCGAUAUAUUCUAUCAGCUAUCUUGGCCACAUCAACUCCGACACUGGUGGACCCCAAAUCCGAGGUAUCUCGGAGUCUUAGUAGCCUCGAUGAAUCGUUCACAGCAGCCGCUUGGUGGUCAAAUUAUAGAUUUGCAGCCUAUGCAUUCACAUCGUGCUUUAACGGGAAAAUACCGACGCAAUGGAAAAUUACAGUAUGCAUUUGCCCUAGUCCCCCCUCGUCUCCUCUCAUUUACCCUUGUUCCAUCUCAUACCUACGCAAGCUUACAUUCGGGGGAUACCGCGGGAUCAAGCUUAGAUUCCCUAAGACGUGUGGUACAUACCUUAGGUAGGUAAACUAGAUGUCCUCUAGAAUCUCAUCAAGCCAUGUACCUCGCGGCCUGGGAGUCGGGGCUUGUUCCUGCUAUACUCUUCGCCUUAUCUAGAUCGUGUGAACCAUGUAGACGAUCUAAGCUGAAGUGUGAUCAUGUCGUCCCAACCUGCGGCAGAUGUAUCAAGAGACAGUGCGCCGAUCAGUGCAUCUAUCACCCCAAUCCCCUUACUCAGGCUCGUCGAAGAGAAAAGACGACUCCCUCGACGCGAUUCGCAGUGAGAAGCGAUGACGGUCCCGCAAUUCCUGUGCAGUCAAUUGAGGUACAAACUGUGGAAUCACCUAAUAUACUCGCAUCUCAGGUCACGCCGGCACGUUCUACUGAAGUAGUAACUCGCGAAGUACAUCGAGCGGCAUCCGCUCCGCCAUUGCAAAGUCGGGAUGGGUCUGCCAACCGUACCAUAAACAUAGGCUUCCUUGGCGAGACAUCCUAUAUUUCUAUCUUUACGGACGGCCUUGGUAGCUUCGAUGUCUCUUCUCCAGGCCUAGAAUCUUCUGAAGUCCAAGAAAUGAGCUUAUCGCACGACCGGAUAAUCCAGGGAUGUAAACUCCUCUCAUUCUUAAAAGACAAGCACAUGAUCAAUCGUCUUGUAUCGCGCUGGUACGAAAUAUGCGAAGACGAAGCUUGUAUAUGCAUAGAGCCCAUAAUGAAAGAGUGGCUAUGGGGUCUCGGGAUGCAUCACGGAGAUGUUCUUAGAGAUCAAAAUCCCGAAAAGAUUCGGCGAUUAUGUGAAUUAAUCUGGCGUAAUACCCAAACUCCAGUCAUCUUUAACCAGAAUACGACGGCUAAGCAUUGGGCACGAUCUGCUACUGGACCAAGCAUACGAUGGGAGGUCAUCGGCCUCAUCGCUGUAGUCGCCGGCCAGUCUGCGAACACUCCCGAGCCUUUCGGUCGCGGUUCUAAGAAACAUAACUCGGCGCAUUCCUCAUUUGCGAGACAGAUGAACGAGAUUGCCGAGGCCUGUUUAAACUUUUGUCGCGACUGUGGAGCUUUGGGUGACAUGUUCACCUGGCUUCUCAUGGAGAAUUACUCUCUAACAGCUAAGAUUAAGGGCGAAGCUAGUCAUGCUACAUAUACACUGAGUGGUGAGAUUGUAGCUUCGGCCGUUGCGAUGGGCUUGCACCGGGGAGUCAAAGAAGAGGAUCGGCUUCCAUUCUUUUUAGCAGAACUACGAAAAAGGCUGCUUUGCCAGAUGUAUGGCGCGGAGAUCGGUAUCUCGACGUUUACGGGUCGCCCUCCUCGGAUUUCACAUCGUUAUUGUAAUCUCCAGCCUCCCUUGGACCUUGCGGUCUCCCAGUUACUCCUCGGAGGAGACGAUUUAACUCUAGCACUUGCUAGUCUAGAUGAGAAAGGAUUCAACACAUCAGGAAGAGUGCGUCGCGUUACUUGGAUAAGAAUCUGGAUUGGAUUCGCUAUACAAAGAGAAGACAUAUUGGACCUGGCCUUAGGUCCGUAUACACGCGACGAGAUCCUACAACGCGCGGAAGAUAUCAAAAAUAGACACCGUCGAUACAUAGAGGAACUCCCAGAGUUCAUCAAGAAAAUAAGAGACUCGCCUAUAGAAAUAGAGGGAAGACCGCCAACGGAAAUAUUAUUCAUGAUUGUAAUCCAUCAAUCCUUUCGUUCAAACGACCUUUUGCUCCAGCGCGUCUUGAUUCGCAAAGCUGGGGCAAGUUCGGAGGAGCUCAUACGCCUUGCGCGCUCAAUCCUAAAGGAUAUAUUGUUAAUCAGUCAACGCCAUGACCUAGGGACGCUAUUUAAAACAGAUAUUGCUUCUCUUCUCGCAGUACAAGGUAUGCGGAGCGCCGCCGUCAUGGCGGUCGAGCUAUUAAAACAAGAGCAACUCCCCGUCUAUCCGAAAACCCCUCUUCUCCCUAGAAGUCAGACCAUCCAAGAUCUGGCCGUUUUCGCAGCUGGGCUGGGGGCUGUCGAUCCUAGUGACGGAUCUUUUAGUAUAUGCGACCAGGGACGAAAGGUCAUCUCUCAUAUACUUGAUAGGAUUCUGAGCCCUCCUGACCCUCCCAUUCAACGUCAAGCUUCAAGUGAACAACCUACGCAUCAAGAUCAAGACCAGCAAGUUAACGAGGCAGUUAUGGGCGCUCCGGCGAACGAGCCGACUCAAAGUUACGGCUUUCACAUACCGUGCGCAACUGAUUUUACUAUGACUGAUCUGAACUUUGGUAUCGACGCUCCUUUCUUAGGACCUGAUAAUGAUUUUAUGCAGUGGCUUGAGAACAUGGAUUGGGAACGGCCUGUUUAAUGAAGUUAUUCCAAAUAUGAGCAUGUAAAGACCAUCUAUUUUAACGCCGCCUUCUUUGUUGACCCCCUAAGAUUACCACUCAUAUUGAUAACUUGAAGUCGCUUUACUGAAUCGGCGGUGGCAAAGAUGGUUUUUUUCACCUAAGAAUGGUCUAGGACUGCUUCUCACCGAAAAAGCAAUGCUUGCUUGUCCGAGCUAUGCAUUAUUCAUAACUUUCUUUCCCGGGCUUAACACGGGUUUAGAAUAGAGUAACGGCUUCGCCCGAAGUCCUAUCAGGUUACCGAGAUUAUAAUUCCAUCAAUCAUACUAGGUUUACUCGGAUUGAAAUGCGUCCUAGAACUAUUUCAUUCCGUUGGUUAAACAAAGUAUAAGACCAAUUUCACUUAUGUUGGUUUAAUAAUGUCAACGAUCAGACUUUCGCGAUUGGUUGUAGGUCGUCAUUGAAAGU